UAAACAUGAGACCCACAAAUAAUCUGUGCGUCCUCUUAUCUGAACUGUAAACGGAAGUACUUCAUACAGUACGAUAGUGUACAGAACGAUGGCUCACCGGCUGUUAGUCCGUAGAAUUUGGACCCUCUCAGUAAAAGACCUUCGCUGUCUCCCGGCCUCCACCUCCUCCUUCUCUACCUCCAUGCGUUCCUCCACUACCCCUCUAUCCUUCAUUUCCCCCAAACGCACUCUGCCCCGCUCCCUGCCCCACACUUCCCGCAGAGAGGUCUCCUUCAAUGUGCAGGACCAUGAGUACUUCACAGAGAGAGUCAUCAACAGUGACCUGCCUGUGCUUAUUGACUUCCAUGCCCAGUGGUGUGGUCCCUGCAAGAUACUGGGGCCAAGAUUAGAGAAAGCUGUCGCCAAACAGAAAGGCAAAGUUGCCAUGGCAAAGGUCGACAUAGACGAUCACACAGACUUGGCCAUUGAAUAUGGGGUAUCGGCGGUCCCCACGGUAAUCGCCAUGCGAGGAGGCGACGUCAUCGACCAGUUUGUGGGAAUCAAAGAUGAUGAGGCGCUGGACUCGUUUGUCAGCAAGCUUGUUGGACAAUGAACAUGUCAAUCACAUCCCUGUGAUCCAACCCCUUAUGACCCCAUUGUUGUCUGAGCCUGGUCUGGUCCUCAACGCUGCACGGCCAUG